GAGGAAUUUACUUUGAAAGGAGGAAAAAAAAAGUAACCAGGAAGUCAGACAGAAGAGGAAACGCUCGCUGUUGUUGGAGCAUAAAACUCUGUAAACAACUAAAAAAAGAGUUGAAUAAAACUUGCAAACAACAACAACAACUUUGAACCUACUUCAUCCACCUUUUGGGGCUCAAUCGGGACUAUUUCCACCAACAUGGACAUUGAUCCGGAGCGAGGAGGAGCCGAGGCGGCGCCGGAGCCCAAAGACAAGGUUCAGAUCCUGAAGAACCAGGUGGACGGGGUGAAAGACAUCAUGACGCAGAACGUGGACCGCAUCCUCGCCCGGGGGGAGAGGCUGGACGACCUGAUGGGGAAAUCUGAGGACCUCCAGCAUGGGGCUCAGCACUUCAAGCAGACGUCGGUGAAAGUGGCUCGUACGUACUGGUGGAAGAACGUGAAGCUGGUGGUGGUCAUCGUGGUGGUCGUGCUCAUCAUCGUGCUCAUCAUCGUCCUCCUCUCCACCGGGGUCAUUCCCACCGGGGAAAAGCCUCUUCCACCCAUCAUCACGCCCACCACAAAGCCAUAAACACACACACACACACACUUGCACAAUGUACAUACCAAGUUACAGUAAAACAGAAAAGUAAUAUAUAGACUCAAAGAAGAAUAAUAAUAACUGCUGUCUGGGGAAACGGUUUCUGCUUCAUGCUCGUUAUGGUAUUUGAAGACCAGUGCUUUUUUCUAGUUUAUUGGUGAUUUAGUUCAUCACAAUUCCAGCCUGUAGUUAAUUUUUGAAUUUGUGAGAAACUAAAGACAAGUGUCGCCUGACGGCAGCAAAGACAUCACUUUAAAGAGGCCCUAUUGUGCUUAUCUGGGUUUGUAUAGGUUUUGGUUCCUCCAUUGGACUCCUUUGUUUAAUUCCAGAACAAAAUGACAUCACUAUGCAAGAUUGGCUAGCACUCCAACACAUUUUACAUGAUGGGCUAAGGGGCGGGACAUCUCUAAGUGGUUAACCAAUCACAACAGAGCAGGCAAGCAGUCUAAAUCUGGGCAGAUUAGGGUGCCUUUUAAAGUGGAUUUCUUCAGUCUUUUAGCAGACAUUAUUAGUCUUGAAUGUAAUCCCCCUAAAUGCACCUUUUACAACGAGAACUUUGUAUAGUUUUAAAGAUAAAAAUGCAGUUUAAAAAAACAUGUUUUCUGACAAAUCUGUAAUGUUUAGGUCAGUGGAAGGCUACAUUGUAUAUUGGUUAUGUAUGUUACCGUCUGUGGGCUUAUUAUUAUUAUUAUUCCUGCUGUCACUUUUCUUGUCAGACAAUCUAGAAAAGGGAAUCAUGUUAGAAGUUAUAUUUACAUUUGUAGGAAUUUUUGUGCAAUCAGAUACUUGGUGGUGUGUUUGAGGAGAGGUUUGGUAUAUUAAUAAUACAGAGUCAAUGUCUAAACAACUGUUAUUUUACACAGAAAUCUAAUAAUAUACCUGGUUGGGUUUCAAAACACUUGAACAUAAUCUGUAAAUGUACAUCAGAGUCUUAUUAGUUCUAGAAAAUACCUUUAUUUAAGAAGUGGGGAAACAUUUGCUAAUGUCAAAAACAUUUUAAAAAAACAACCAAAGUUAGAAAAUAUCCAAAGUUUGCAAGUUUAAAAAAACAACAUUUGAAGUUUCCUGUAGGACUUCUAUCUUAAUACUCGACCAAAUUUAAAAAUAAAAGUCCCAAAUAAUAUAAUAUCACUUAACGCUGUGACUGAUUAUGGUUCAGAGCGUCCAUUUUUUUGUUUGUAAUUGGGGAUUGUUGAGUGUUUCCAGUCGUUAUGCUAAGCUAAGCUAAGCUAACAAGGGGCUAGCUGUAGCUUCAAACGUACAGACCAACACAUAACCCAAAGUGAAAGGUAAACCAUCAGUGGUACAAUCACUCAUAGAUGUAACUUUGACAAGAGAUGCACAUAUUCCCCUCGAUACUCUUGAUACUCAAUACUACAUUUCAAAAUAAUUAUUCCAAUUAACAUCUAGUCACCUCGCGCUGCGACUUGGCUGAGGCAUAACUCAAUGGGUUUUGCACAAAUUGGAUAGAAAGCUAUUUUUGAGAUUGUUGAGUCUUUAAGCUAAGCAGCAACCGGCUGUAGCUUUAUAUUUACCAUACAGACCAACAAACACACACAGAAGGUUUAUUUCUAGUGUUUUCAGUCGCUUAUAAUGCAAAUCGGAGCCUUAAACUAAAUAUUAGUGGACGAACGUAAAUGUUGCUAUCCUUGAUAUUCAACAUACUUUUUUUUUAAAUGACCCGAAUUGGUAAAUAACACACAACAUUUUGAGAUAAAUGAAGUCCUGAUUGUUCCCACACUUCCAGUUUUCGUGCAUCAGGCUCUAACGUUAAUUAAAGAUUAGAACAAUUGGUACAAAGACCCCCCCCCCCCCCCCCCCUCUUCUACCUGCUGUUGCAGUACCAAGUUAUUCUCUAAAAAGGUCAUAAUAAUGAUACACGGUAAAUAGUCAGCACAGUCUCUCCUCUUGUGUAUAUUUGCAAAGUGUUAACGAGUUCUUAACGAAGCUGUUUAUUCAACGCGUCAUGUCUAAUUCUUUUUUUCUGAACCUCAAUGAGUCAAUGAAGUGAGUUCUGAUUAGUCAUGUUGGUAAUUGUCUAAAGGAAGCUGUGUAUUUGUGAUGCUCUGGGUGAAGGAGUGAUGAUAAUCUUCCUGUUCUCACUCUGCGGUUUGUGAUCACAUUCCUGUCUGCUUCGACCUGCUCAGCUGACCGGAGACCAGCAGGGUUUUAUCCUAAUGACUUGUGAUGUUUAAUGGUUUUAAUGGUCCUGAAAUAAAUGAAUAGUAUUUACCUCUGA